AUUUCUGUAGUUGCUAAGGAGAGUUUGAAUGAUGCGGAUUACUUGGUGGUGGUGUUCAUGGCUCAUGGGAAUUUGAACAAUGAUCAGACUUGGUUCCUCAGAACCAAGGAUGGUAAAUUUUAUGUGAAAGAUUUAUUGGAGCUCUUCAAUCCGAAGAAUUGCCCGUCGUUGAGCAACAAACCUAAACUCUUUAUUGUACAGGCUUGCGAGGGUGAAAAGGAGGACGAAGGGCAUCUCCAUAGAGAUGGUCUCGAAUUGGAUGGUCCCGGGGACCAUUACUACAUUCCGACCUAUGCGGACUUCCUCUUAGCUAAGGCUUCUGUGCAAGGGUACACGGCCUACCGUACGCUUCCGGUACCUGGAUAUCCCAAGCUAGGAGGUUCCCAGUACAUCAGGACCUUGUGUGAUGUUCUGGAAAAGGAACAUAAGAAGGAAGACUUGCUGGGGAUGUUGACCUUGGUGGGAGACCGGGUGGCUGAUUAUGGAAACAAUGGCUGCAAGAAGCAAAUGCCCUCCUUCAUCUCCACCCUAAGGAGACGUAUCUACUUCAAUGUCUGA